AAUAGUAUUACUUGUGGUAGUAUUGGUUGUGGUAGUGUUUCAUUAUUAGUCAGCUUCCUAAUCCUAUUUGUGGUAGAUGUUGUAUGUUAGUUAGUUUCUAUUCUAUAUUCCUAGUUGUCACAACCGAGAUCACAUUUCAAUGGCUUCUUAUCUUUCCAGAUCCUCCACCACAUUCCUAAACAUCUCCUCCUCCCUUCCUUCUGCUCCGCCAAGAAGGCUCCCAAUCAAAACCCAAAUCCCACUCUUCACAAAACCCAGAAAUCCAAUCUCCACCACUACCCGUACCCCGAUCAGAUCCAUCCACGUCUCAAAGGAAGAACAAACAACCCCCGUCAAUCCUCCCCAAGAAACCCAGCCCGGGGAGGGAUUGGACGGCCGGAGAAGGCCGGAGGAAAAGUUCGCCGUCUUAAACACCGGAGUCCACCGGUGCCGGUCUUGCGGGUACACCUACAACCAGGCCAAGGGCGACCCGGCAUACCCGAUCCCGCCCGGGUUGCCCUUCGCCCAGCUGCCCGGCGACUGGAGGUGCCCCACUUGUGGGGCUUCGCAGACCUUCUUCGAGAGCAAGAGCGUGGAGGUUGCCGGGUUCGCCCAGAACCAGGAUUUCGGGUUCGGGGCUAAUACCCUCACAUCUGGGCAGAAGCUAUUGCUCAUUUACGGCGCUCUGCUCUUAGGGUUUGUGCUCUUCUUGUCCGGUUAUUUUCUGCAAUGACAUUGAUGAUCAUGUCUGUGUGUGUGUAUAUUGUUCGUUGAUUCAUUAAUUCGAAUUCGUGAUUUUGAUGUUUGUUUGUUCAUUAUAAUUGGUUGAUCUUGUGCCUAGUAUACAGUUUUGCAUUUCUGCUCAUGUUUAUUGAAUUAGAUAGGAAACUAUGGAGGUCUAGAAUUGGAGUCAUUG